UCUUUUUUUGGGAGGUUUCUGAGACUCACUUCCAUGGCUCCUCUGCUUCUGCAAGUACUACUUGUUUGGCUUCCUUGUGCUCUUGCUGGGCAUGAUUAUAGUCAGGCUUUGAGUAAAAGCAUUCUCUUCUUUGAAGCUCAGAGGUCUGGGUACCUUCCCAGUGACCAGGGAGUUACAUGGAGAGGUGAUUGUGGUUUGCGUGAUGGGAAGAUUAAUGGGGUGGAUUUGGCUGGAGGCUACUAUGAUGCAGGGGACAACGUGAAGUUUGGACUUUCCAUGGCCUUCUGA